AUGUCAUCAAUAGUGGAAGUAGCAGAUCCAUCUUCUAAUGAUACUUCAUCACAUCAAUACGAAACAGUACCUAAUGAAGAAGAGGCAGAAAGAGCAGAAAGGACAGAAACAGUUCACCGUGUAGAAAAACGUUUUAAUCGUUCACAUAUUAUUCGAGAUAUAACUAUUGGAUUAGCGGAUGGUUUAACGGUACCUUUUGCGUUAGCUGCGGGAUUGUCAUCCCUAGGAAAUCGUCAUCUCGUAAUUUUAGGAUGUUUAGCUCAAUUGGUGGCAAGUACGAUAUCAAAAGCAGUAGGUGGAUGGGCAACAUUAAAAGCUGCCGAACAACAUUUUUGGAUAGAAAGAAGUAAUGAAAUACUUGAUGUCAAAAAUAAUAUAGAAGCCGAAAUUCAAGAAAUGAUUGAUGUUAUGCAACCAUAUGAAUUAGAUGCUCAAUCUUUAGCGCCGAUUAUCGAAAAACUCAGCAAUAAUCCAGAGAAUUUUGUAGAUUUUAGAAUGAAAUUCGAAUCAGAAAUCGAAAAACCUGAUCAUGCACGUUUUUUGAGUUCGGCAAUCAUUGGAACAUCAUAUUUCGUUUCCGGAUUAAUUCCAUUAAUUCCAUAUUUCUUUAUUAGAGAUAGCAUACUUGGUUUAUAUAUAAGUAGUGGAGUUACAUUUGCUUGUUUUAUUUUAUUUGGAUACAUUAAAGCACUUUAUGUUUAUCCUAGUAAAGCUAUUUGGAGUGCUAUGCAAUCUAUUUUUGUUGGAUUUUUCGCUGCUAUUACAGCUUAUGGUUUUGUACUUUUAGUUAAACAUCAUGAUGAUUUAUUUGAAUUUAUUUGA